AUGAGUGUCUUCUCAUUCGGGGAUCUGCCCACCAUCCAGACCCGGAAGGCCUUGUUACUACUUGACUUUCAAAACGACUUUGUCCGUCCGUCCGGCGCUUUACAUAUCCCUAAUACACCAGAUAUUCUCGAAACCCUCCCACAACUGGCAUCUGCAUUCCGUCGAGUUGGCGAUGUAGUUUGGGUACGCUCGCAAUAUAAAUCUCCCCAGACAACUGUCGACUGGAACUUUGGUGAUCGCAUUGUCUUGGAUAGAGAGCCACAUCGCAGAAAGGAGACGCUCGAUUCGGAUGUAAUUGAAGUCGGGCCGGACCAUGAUGCACCUGAACCUGUCGACCCUGAAGCCUUUCUCUCCGCCGACUCUUCGCUAUUCUGUGACCCGCAUACAUCCGGAUAUCAGUUCCCCGCACCGAUUCUGGCCGCCAUCAACGCCCAGCAUGACGCCGUAGUAGACAAGACAGGAUACUCUGCCCUGGAGUCCCCUGGCCUUGUGUUAUCCUUCAGGACACACUUUGUGACCGAAUUGUACCUUUGUGGCUCGUUGUCCAAUGUCUCUGUGUUUGCGACCGCUUUGGAUGCUGUCCGCAAUGGGUUUUCCGUAACUCUUGUGGAGGAUUGCUUGGGGUUCCGCGAUUUCCAGCGGCAUCAAGAAGCAAUGCGACGCAUGGCAGAUAUCCUGGGAGCGACUGGCAUCACCGCUAGAGAGCUCAUUCAGGAGCUAGAUUGGGAUGAGACUGAGGCAAUCGCUCGCCAAGGUGUACAGCAGCCUAAGAGGUCAGCAACUCCGGCUGGUCUCGAGAGCAUCAUGGAUGGUCUAGAAUUCUGGAAUACCGCGGACACCUCUCCCACGGAUGACUCGCAUGACCCAGAGGACCGGAGCCUUUUGGAAUACGCUAGUCUUUCUCGCGCACAGUGCACUACUGCUGCGCAGGGGCGGGGUCCAGUGGAAGACCAAAAGAAGGUGCGCGUGCGCGUCCGUCGUCCGAAGCGCCGAGACGCCCCAAAAGAACCUUCAACUGGACCUCACCCUGGCGGGGGAACGACACCUUUACAAGUCGCGGAAAUACGAAACACGUCUCAAAUCAAGAUUGGGGAGGGCGACUCGCGCCUCGUGAAAAACGUCAACUUGGCCGCAAACGCCUUCGAGCGUAUAAAUGCGGAGGUAGAUUGGCGGAAGAUGUACCACCUGUCGGGUCAAGUCCCCCGAUUGGUUGCAGUCCAGGGCCAACCUCGACCUGAUGGAGCCAUACCCAUAUAUCGUCACCCGGCAGACGAGUCCCCACCCUUCAAGCCAUUCACCCCGGCGGUUGAUGAAGUACGCAUGGCUGUUGAACAAAUACUAGGUCAUCCCUUGAAUCAUGUGCUCAUUCAGCUUUAUCGUGAUGGACAGGAUCGCAUAUCAGAGCACUCAGAUAAGACGCUGGAUAUUGUGCCAGGGUCUUUCAUUUGCAACGUCAGUCUAGGCGCUGAACGGGUGAUGGUUCUCCGUACCAAGGCCUCGGCAUCUGAGCACGAGGGAGGCACUGAACCUUGUCGAACAACCCAGCGCGUGCCUCUACCUCACAAGUCACUUUUUGUGCUCGGUCCACAGACGAACUUGCGAUGGCUCCAUGGCAUCCGGGCUGACAAGCGCCCUAAUGCAGCCAGGUCUACGGAGGAGCAAGCCUACGGCGGGCAGCGCAUCUCCCUAACUUUCCGUCAAAUUGGUACUUUCAUCGACCCUGUAGCCAACACAAUCUGGGGACAAGGGGCUGUCAGUAAGACAUUGGAUCAGGCUCGCACUGUGGUCCAUGGGGAUCCUGCUGAAACAGCACGCCUCAUUGGUGCGUUUGGCCAGGAAAAUCGUGACACGGAAUUCAAUUGGAAUGCCGUGUACGGUGGGGGCUUUGAUGUGGUCAACUUUUUGACUACAUCAAUAGGGCAACUAGCACUUGGCUGUGAUCUUGUAGCCAAUUUGCGUGUGCGUCUCUGCCUGGGGGAAAGCGGCGUUCGAUAUCGAUUGAUCACCAACUAUGAGCAACUGGGAGCUAGAGAUAUUCACUCAAUGAAACUGCCAAUAUAUGAAACGCCCGAUGGAGGAACAAUCGCAGGCGACUCCGUUAUACUAGCACACAUGGCCAACCGGUCUGCUGAGAUCUCACGGCCAGGUGUAGAUUCGUUACGCGGGGGUAAUUUCCUGUCAACGAUCGACCAGUUUCUGGCACACUGGCGUCAGCACUGUGCCACCAAUCCAGCUAGUGUGUUUGAAUACGGGAUUGAGGAUUGGGAACGUAUUUUGCAGGGCCAACAUUAUCUAGGAGGCUCUGUGUUUACCAUCGACGAUUGCUCUCUAUGGCCAGUUUUACGGGAGAUUUUACAGAUUCAAGGUGCACUUGAUUCUCGGUUCGUGAGCGUGAAUCAAUACUAUCAUCGAGUCGAGAACCGGGGCAUCGUUCGGUCUAUUCUAGAGGAGUAA